UGUCACUUAAAUAAACAAUAAAUAAAAAAAAACAAAUUAUAGUUUUUGUUCCUCGUAAAGCCAUUACAGUUUGUCAAAGAUCAAAAAUGAUAUUCCGUCUGAACUGCGUUUAUCACUUUCAUUUACUCAGUUGUUAAAGGAUUGAUUUUAAGUCAGUUAAUGAGCGUGCAAAACGAUUAUUGUUAUUUCAUAACAGAAACUGAAGUUAAAAACACAUAUAUCAAGUUAAUGUUUAGCUUUUUAAUUAGUGAACUGAAUGGAGAUAAAAAAAUACGCAAUGUUAAAAAAAAACGGAAAUACAAUAUAAAAAAUGUAAAAAUCAAGUAAAUCAUUGGACAAACUAUUAUUUUCUAUGUCAUUUGUAAUGUCUUUGAUCUUUUUUACGUUGAGCUUUAUUUGAAAUUACGGAGAUCAAUUGUUCAUUACAACUGUUUGUCUUCAUAUCUAAUCAGCCGUAAACAAUUGUCAAGCUGUUAUAAAAUCACUGGUAAUCAUAUAAUUGCAGCGUUGUCUUUGAUUUGUGUUGGCAACACGUUUGGGUUGAGUUCUUGAGAAAUAAGAAUGCAUUUUAUACUUAUUUUAUUAUCUACUGUAACCGUUACAUACGCAAGCAUACCGGUAAAUCCUUUCGCUAGGUUUGAACGAUAUACUGCUUUGAAUGAUCGUACAUGUAACGUCGAUGAAGAACUGUUUUCAUAUGACCUCACAAGUGGUGUCCAGUGCGCUCUUGCAUGUCUGAAUUCCGACAAGUGCUACUCGAUGUUUCAUGGAACAAACGCAGAAAAAUGUUACGGAUGUAACACUGUGUAUAAUGAUUCGUUCCAAAACAUUCUGCCGUCUGAACAAGGGAAUUUAUAUUACCAAAUAUAUCCACCAUGUGAACAGGGUUGGACCGGUUACAUGAGAUCUUGCUACAAACUGAGUUCCCCAGCUGGGUUCCCAAAUGGAGCGGAUGAAUGCGUUUUGGAAGGGGGUCAUGCGGUAUACAUAGAGUCGUCUGUCGAGAAUGAAUUCCUGAAAACAUUCGUGAAGUCCGACUCAUCGACCUGGGCGUGGUAUAUUGGUGUUACUGAAUGUGCUGUGCAAGAUGAAUGGAGGUAUUACGGCACGGAUGAGCUCGUGCAGUUCACAGAUUUCAAAAUUCCUGAUCUAUCGAGUACUUGUUGCGCUCUCUUCUUUGAAGGCUAUGACUACCAGUGGGCAAGGUUCGAAUGUGAACACCAAGAUUUUGGCUUUCCUACAAUCUGCGAAAUUAAUGUUUUAUAAUUUAUUUAGAUAAAUAUUAACGAUAAUAAUCGUGUUUUUUUGAAAUACCUAGAUUCAGUUGAUUAAUUCAUUUGGAUUAAUUGUUAAAAUAAUUUUAUAUUUAAGAUGAAAUUUAUUGUCACUUAAUCGUUUUUAAAGUAUUCUUUCUAGCUUUAUUGUCUUAUUUUUAAAGACAGAAAUCUCCUGUUUUGGUUUUUAAUAUAAAAAUAAACUCUAAACAUAUAGUAUAAUAACUAAAGGCGUGAUUAAGUACUUAAGUUGCUUAGGAAAUUUAUCUUAAAAAAUGUCAUUAUUUACCAAGAAAGGCUGACUUUUCAUCAAAUUCUUUACUAAAAACUGAUCGCUGUUCGCCGAUCAUUUUAUAGGAAAAAAGUGUUUCUCGCCAAUUUUAUAUACGUUACAUAUAUUGCUUUUUUAAAAGCUGCUUUAAUGAAUAAGGUGACAUAUUAUUCCCAGUGGUGUGCCAAUACCUGAACAAAUGUAUGUAGCUAAAUUUAUUGUUUGAAUACAGUAAAUGCAUAGUGAACAUAACUAAAAUGUUCAUCUUUGCUAUUAGAUACCAACCUUUUGUCUGACUAAAUUGGUGUAAGUGCGAGGCUUAUGAUCGAUUGCAUUUCUUUUCGAACGUUCCUCAUAGAGCAUUACUAUUGGUUGAAACAGCUAAACGAUCGAAUAUUCUACUUUCCAUUCAUGCAGAAAAAAACAUUUGAGUAAAAUUCAAUAAAACGUUAUUAUAAAUAUUAGUAUUAAUUCCGUUGUAAACAAUACACAGUGUAUGGCAAUUAUCUUAAAUCCAUUUGUCAAUAAAAUUAAUUAAAAUACAAAAAACUCAGAGUGUGCUUUAUUUGAAUUGAUUGUCAUCUAGUGUUUAUAAACAGGCACCAUUUUUAAUUGUAACGGCAUUGAUUGAAAACAAUUUUCCAUUACAAUCGAAGUUAGAAUUGCAUUUAUAUAUACUGACAGAAGACAGCACG